UUGACAACUGACCGGAAGUGAAAUCACAUCACCCACUCUGACGGAAGAAAAAAAAAAUGGAAGCGGCAGUGUUCAUUCUGUCACUUGUGGAUUGCUGUGCACUUAUUUUCCUCUCGGUCUACUUUAUAAUCACCCUGUCUGAUCUAGAAUGUGACUACAUCAAUGCAAGAGCAUGCUGCUCCAAGCUAAACAAAUGGGUUAUUCCAGAGAUGGUUGGCCAGUGUCUCUCCACCAUGCUGAUGUUGGUCUCCAUGCACUGGUUCAUUUUCCUCCUCAACCUGCCUGUAGCAGCCUGGAACAUUUAUAGGUAUGUUAAGGUUCCGAUGGGAAACAUGGGCGUGUUUGACCCCACUGAGAUCCACAACCGAGGUCAACUUAAGUCCCACAUGAAGGAGGCCAUGAUUAAACUGGGUUACCACCUGCUCUGCUUCUUCAUUUAUUUGUAUAGCAUGAUCCUGGCUCUCAUCAACGACUGAAGCCCCCAGCAAGCUGCCAAAUUGUAAACGCCACUGUUUCCCCCCCCCCACAGCCUGCUCCUGUACUGUAUGCAUACUAUCUUUCAUAACAGCAGAGAGAACAAGUUUACUGUCAUUUGUGUUGUUAUGAUCUAAGAGUUUUGACUUUAAUACAAUACUUAGGUUAAUAUUUAACCAUUUAACAUUCCGUUCAAGCCAAUGUUUUAUUGUGAAGGGGAUAAGUAAAAGUUGUUUUUUUCCAACCUCUAUCUGCAACAAUUACAACAUCAUUAGAGUGGCUAUAAGAAAUAAAAGACAAUUUCACAGUAAAGUAAGCAUGCAGGCCACCUAGAGCAGAGAAAAACAGAAACAGCCGGUAAAGAAGUCAUAUAUUACCAAUCACAGUACUGUGUAGUAGUCCUCUGUCUGUCUGAAUUUGAGGUGGAGUUAUUGAGUGUUUUUUUUCCCACAAAAGCCUAAUUGGGAAAAAUGUAAAGUGCUUCAAAUCUCAAAACACAUUGUAUUUUUGUUGUUGUUGUUCCCUCCCCACCCAGUAAGGCCCAUAGGUGUUCAGUUCACCUAAUGACUGUGAAGGACAUAUGAAAUGAUUCACAUAUUUUUAAUCCUCUUUUUAACCAAUCUGUAUGUGCACAUUUCACCUCUCUGUCAUGUCACAUGCUGUUGUUCUUUUUUUCCGAGUUGACAUCACAUUUGGUUAAAGUAUCACGUUUUUACAAUGGAAUGUUAAAGUCAGAGAUUUUUGAUAGUAUUACAGUGUGAAAUUGUGCAUCAGUGAUCAUCAGAUGGUGGAUCGCUAAGCCUAUUCUGAGACUUUUUAUGGAUACAGGACCUGCCAGACUUCCAGCAUCACCCUCCAUCUAACCACAGCUCCGCCCACAGCUCCGCCCACACACACUCUAGCACAACAUAUUUGAAUAAUAUACAAUCAUUGCCUCAACAUGUGUAUGUAUGUGGGUGCAUUCAAUGACGUGCAGUGACAUGGUUCUGCUCAGAGUAAGAGACAAUCAGACUAAACCACACAUCAAUCCUCAUCUGGCACUGUCUGGGCCAAAGUCUUGUGAUGUGCUAGAAUGAUGUUACCUCACAGGGCUCGAUGCUGUCUGAACUUCAUUGGUGAAGUGUUUUGCCACAUAAAAGGUUCAAUUCGUUCUUGAAAGAAGUGUAUGUAAUGGUUGUCGUAUUAUUGGAUGAGUGACAGUUUCAAUAAGAACAUUUUGAUUUGAUCUCAUGCACUUGUGUUUACUGAAUUACCUUUGCAAUAAAAGCAUACUGUAUGUUAAAGUCUGACAUUUCCUGUUUUAAAGUUCCCUACAUCAGCAAGUGUCUUAGCUUUUCACUGGGACGAGAGAUGUUUGCGUGCACUCUUUAUUUGGUGUGUAUCAAAAGAACCGUCAUGACUUUUCAUCCAUACCUGCUACAUGUGCAAGUAUUCUGGAGCCAUUUCUCUCUUCAGCUGGGGCGAACAGAGUACUGCUGAUGAAAAAAGUUCAUGUCUGAUUCACACUAAACUGUCUUUUUUUGUUUCAUAAAUAAAAAUGUAAAGUU